AUGAAUAACGGCAUCCUGUUGGUGCCGGCCAAGACACAGCACCUCACCGGUCGUGACAGGCGCUUCCAGCCCGCCCCGGCCGCCAUCAUUCCCACACCGACGCCGCGCCGCGCGUUUGAGGUCGGGCGCGCUGCCCAGUGCAUCGUCAACCGUCUGGUGGAUGCGGUGACCUUGGACCACGAGUUCCUGGUCCAGGCUCUGCGCUCCACCUGUGCUGUGGAUGAAUUCACAAACGAAAUCUUCAAGGUGUACAUGGCAGCGCGAGAGAGCACCAAUGGCAUCUCUCAGUACGGGCCCACCGCCCUGCGGGCUCACGUGUUGCGUAACGACUUCAUGCUCCAUCUGGGUGCCAAUAAAGAGCUUGCAUUUCAAGAUGCCGAGAUUCACAACGUCGAGAUCAACACCAUCGCUGCCGGGUUUGCCACGCUUUCUACGCGUUUGGUUGAAGCCAUGCGCAUGCUGGAAGCUCCUGAAGUAGCCAGCCGCAUCCCCGAGAACAACGCGCUGGCCGGCGUUGUUGAUGGCUUUAAGGCAGCGCUGGAUGCAUAUGUGACCGCCGGCCGCCGUCGGACUAGCAACCCUUUGGCAGCUGUUAUGAUGGUCCAGCCCGGUGAGCGCAAUAUUUGCGAUCAGCGAGGUCUGGAAGUGGAGCUGCGCCGGCGUCAUGGCCAUCGUAUGGCCCGCGUGACGCUGGAAGAGGCAGCACAACGCUUUACAUACAUGGCCGAUGGAACGCUCUUGUACACGGGCGUUGACGGCUUGCAGCUGGAGGUGGGCCUCGUCUACUACCGUUCGGGUUACAGCCCUGAUGACUAUCCCACCCCCGCGUGCUGGGAAGCCCGCUUGAACAUCGAAACAAGCGCUGCUGUCAAGGUCCCCAACGCAGCAGCCCACCUCGUGGGCACCAAAAAAAUGCAGCAGGUGCUGGCUCAGCCCGGGAUCCUUGAGAAGUUUCUGUCCGCGGCUGAAGCAACCACGCUGGCCAAGACCUUUACUCGCUUCUAUUCACUGGACGCUGCCGACUACGCCACCCCUGCAGCACUUGAAGCAGUGCUUGAGCAGGAAAUCUACGCACACCCUGACGACUGGGUUCUCAAGCCCCAGCGCGAGGGUGGUGGCAAUAACUACUAUGGCGCAGACGCCGUCCAGCGCUUACGUGCCAUGUCGCCUGAAAAGCGGGCAGGCUUCAUCUUAAUGGCCCGCAUUCAUGCCCCAAUUCUGCAAACGUCGGCCUUGGCAGAGCAGUGUGGUCAUGACACGUUUGCCUCCGUGACUGAGUUUGGCUUUUAUGGUGUGUUUGUGGCCAAUGGUGCCACCGAGCUGGUCAACACGCAGCCAGGCUAUCUCAUGCGUACCAAGCCGGCCUCCAGCCUAGAGACCGGCGUGGCCGCUGGCUUUGGCCUCAUUGACGUUCCGCUUUUCGUCUAA